GAGUUUUUACAUCUGCUGACAAGCCAGGCUUUAUAUGAAUUACGUGUCGACAUGACCGAUUUUGAUGGAGAAAGCAGAUUUGCCAAGUAUAAAGUUUUUGUCGUUGGAAACCGGGAAACAAAAUUCAGAUUGACCAUUGGAGGAUAUUCUGGUACAGCAGGCGAUUCCUUGUCUUCCCAUAAUGGAAUGUUGUUUUCAACAAAAGAUGUUGAUAAUGAUUUAGCUAGCGGAAAUUGUGCUGCCUCUUUCAAGGGAGGUUUUUGGUAUAGUAACUGUCAUACUGCAAAUCCUAACGGACAGUACCUUAAAGGAAACCAUGACAGUAUGGCGGACGGCAUCAACUGGAAAACAUGGCGGGGCUACAAAUACUCUCUUCAAACAUUCAGCAUGAAAAUUAAACCAUUAUAAAUCACAAA